AUGGAGGCCAACGGUAGCUCCCUGCCGUCGGCCGGAGCUGGCGGUGACUCCGAGGUUCUCACCAAGAUACACCAGGCCCUCGAGGUCGUCCACAGCCCGUACUCGACCAACGAUGCCCGUCGCCAGGCCCAGUCCUUCCUCGAGGAGGUCAAGGACAUUCCCGAAGCCCCCAUGCAAGGCUACAACCUCGCCUCGGACAAAUCGCAGUCCCCCGUCGUCCGACACUACGCCCUCUCCCUCCUCGAGCAUGCUAUAAGAUACCGCUGGACAUCAUACAACCAGGACCAGGCAGACGCCGUGCGGCGCUGGGUCCUGAACCUGGGUCAGGCUGUGUCAAGAGAGGACCCGUCAUACCUGAGGAACAAGACUGCCCAGCUCUGGGUUGAGAUCGCCAAGCGAUGCUGGGGCGCCGAGUGGAUGGAUAUGGACGCCAUGCUCUACCAGCUGUGGGAGAUUCCUGACUCGUCGGUGCACAAAGAGCUCGUCAUGUUUGUCCUCGAGAACCUCUCUGACGAGGUCUUUACGGGCGACGACUCAGUGGUCGCCCUCCGAGAAGGAGUUCUCAGCAAGGCCUGCGUCGAGAUCUUCACCCCUACCGCGGUACUGGUCGAAGCGUUUCCCAAUCGACAACCUGGGCCACCCGUGCGACAUGGUGAUGAUGGUUGGCUCACUCGCCUGUCCAGCUUCCUGGACUGGUGCCUGAAUGCGGCGCCAAAGGACAAUGACGAAGUCAAGUCGUGCAUACUCAAGGGCUUUUCCGUGUUCCUGUCCCUGAUGCCGUGGGCCAUCCCGAAAGCAGUGUCUGCUGCUCGGUGUGUUGAGGUUAUGUGCGCUGGUCUCGCCUCGAGCCAAGUAGCUAUCCAAAAGGCUGCCCUUGAAGCCCUUCACGCACUGUAUUGCAGAACAAACUUUUCAGACAGCGAGUUCCGAGACUUGGUUGCCCCCAUGUACAGUCGCUCAUCCAUUGAACUGUGCCAGCGCCUCUUUGAAUGGUCGGCUGUAGACCCGGAGGAUAUUGAUGAGGACAAAUACCAAACCCUCAAGAAGCUAUCCGAGAUGCUCUCCUGUCUUGGAGACUACUUUCACCGAAAGUUCCCGAGCCUCCCCCCUGAAGCUGCGAAGCAAGAAUUCCUACAGCUCCUGGUUCAGGUGGUACAGCACCAGAGCUUGAUGGUAUCGAUCCCAGUCCUCGUAACUUGGACACGACUUCUCAGCAUGCGCUCAAUCGGCCCCAGUGAGCUUGUCUCUCCAUUGAUCGGAUCGCUUUUGGAGAUUUGCAGCUCCAGACUAGUCCGAUAUGAGAACUUGCCCGAGGACACGCAAGAGCCAACAUUCCUAUUCCUCAUGGAGGACACCGAUACAAUCCCAGAACGGCACGCUUUCCUUGGAAACUACCGCAGAUAUAGUUCUCAGGUCAUCGAGGCCAUCGUGCAGUUGAAGCUUGUCGACGCGAUCUCACAUAUCCUCGGCCGCACAGAGGAGCUGCUACAACACCUCUAUGACGGACAGCCUCCUUUAGACAGACAGACGUACUUCAAGCAUUCGAUGCCGGUUCUGCGAGUUGAUUCUCAGUUCACGGUUAUCGAGGCAACCCUCAAGGGUUAUGCCAAGUGGCGCAAGAACCGCCCAGCAGAGCAUCAACAACAGGGACCAGAGCUGGAGGCGAAUCUGGAGACCUGGUGCAACAAGCUGCUGGAGAUGAGUUUCGAGGACCCCAUGAUCCGGAAACGCACCCUGCAAUUGCUCGUCUACUUUUCUACGACUGCACUAAACAAGAACGCUACCUUCAUGCUCAAGGUUUUGGAGCAUAUCUUGCUUACCUGGCCUGCUCUUCAGCCAGAGUACCGUGCUUUCAAUGAUGCUAUCAAAGAUUUGCAAGGAGAGAGUAUGGUAGAGUUGCAGAGGCUGGCGUCAGAAAUGCCAGACCAUCUUUUGGGUGUUUAUGAUCAAAUCGAGAACAGAGUGAACGAAAUGAUGUCAUCAGGAUCUCUCGAUGAGAAGCGCUCCAUAGCAUACAAGAGCUUUCUCUUCAUCAUCAUACACCGAGCCACGAGCGUGGAUACUCAGGCCAAGAUCCAAAAACUUCGAGAGUUCAUUGAUCCCGUCAAGGCACAGUGGCAAAACGAGAACGUGCGAACCGCUCUUAAAUCGUACAGCAACUUCUGCGAGCUCCUGGGGUUGGACAAGGCUCAGAACUACCUGGCCAGCCGACGUGCCCAUGAGAUUUCUGACUGGGGCUCACGCGAGCUCGAUGCAGAGGGGUUGGCACUUCAGAACGAGCUUGAGGAGCGUUUGAAGCUUCUCCCACUUCGAUCGACCAAGUCUUUCCUCGCAUUCUCAGUCGAGCGGCUCGACAAGUCAUCACCCGCCUUCAAGGCAUCGUAUGCCCUUUGGCAGGAAGGCUUCUCCAACAUCCUGGCAGACCUCCUCGAGUUCCUGAGCUUUGCGCAUGCCUCGCACAACCCGGACAACUGGGCAGGUUUGCCUCUCGAGAUGCGACCAAUGGUCAACCGGGUUCUGAGUGAUCGAUUUUGGCAGGCUGGCAUCUCGGAAGGAAGCAAAGACGACUUUUACGCGCGAGUAAUGGACAAGAAGAACACGAUCGAGGGUCUUGCCUCGACGAUCCGCGGGUCGGUUCGAUUCGUCCGAGAAACUGCCUAUGCCAUCAUCUACUGCAUGAGCCGACUGGAAAGGCAGUUCUACGGAUUCGAGGGGCUCUCGGCACCGCUAUCCAAAGCUCUCUUUGCUGAUUCGGUCUGGCUGUCUACGCACCAGCAGAGCAAUCUUCUGAACUUGGUGCGGUACUUGGUUGAUGAUUGCCCUGUUGACUACCGAGAGCAUUUCCUUCCACAACUCCUGGCAGCGUGCUUCCAGCAAAUGGAUGCCAAGAUCAACGGCGAGUGGGAAAAGAUGGAGCGCCAGCAGCAGGUGGCUGCAGAUGGCGAGGCGGGCUUGAAGGAGGAGAUGAAGGCAGAGAGCAUCCUACGCCAGGUGACAUAUACAGCAGUGUUGAUGGUGGCUGAUUUUUUGGACCCAACCAAGCUCAACGGUCCCCUGAUGGGAUAUUCGGAGACGGCAGGCGAUGAGCCAGAGCCAGAGCCUGAGUCUAACUACCCAACUCUUCGACGAUUCUGCCUUAUCCACCAGCAGGUGGUGGAGCCGCUGCUUGUCUUCUGCACUCAUGGCAUUCGGAUGCGAGAUACACGCUGCUGCAGUAUGAUUCUGCGACUGUUCAUCUCACUGGUUCCCGAGUUUCAUCUUGUGGAUGGCCAAGUGCCCAAGUCGGUGGUGCAGAGCCCGCUUGACGGACAGCUGGCUGGGGAUAAGUUCCCCAUCCCUCCUUCGAUCUCCAACGCUAUCCGCGAAUACAUCUCGCUGGAUGUGCUCAAGGCGUGUAUCACGUCGUUCCACGAGCCGUACUUUGUUGAGCUCCAAAAGGAGCUUGCCGCGCUGAUCGCAGCCAUCGUGGUCUUCUACAGCCCGAUCACGACAACACCUAGAGAUGUGCUACUAUCGUUGCCCAAUGUCAACCCGGCAGACCUGGAUCGGCUCUCGGCUUACAUGGCCAAGCCCGCAUCACACGCACGACAGCAACGAGCGUUGGUGCUUGACCUUCUGAAGGACCUCAAGGGGGUCAGUGUUUCGGAGAUGGGCAAGCUGCCCAAGAGUAGCGGGUUUGGAGGAUCGAGCCGCAAGCGAAGCGGCCGAAGCAAGAUGGCACAGCAGUUCAUGGUUGAGCCGCAGUCGGGGCCAGGGGCGACCAGAUCAGGGAUGGAGGUGGCACGUAAGACGACGCCGGAUGGACUGGAGGGGGUUUCCAAUCUGUUUGAGGGAUAG